AUGGCACCACUGGUGAAGUGUUCUUGCCUGGCUUGUGCAGAUAAGAAUGUUGAAGCAGAGGAUGCUUUGUGUCUCAACUGCAUUUGCGACGGCGUCUGCCCACCAUUGCCAACGCUUGCAUCGGCAGACAACUCGCGUUUUCGAUGCUUGAGCCGCCAACUCUCCAACAGCGAGCUUGCUUUACUACGCACAGACUCUGCUACGAGCACGUCCCUAGAAAUCGAUCGAACCACUUUGCCGACAUCGGUCUCCCUAAGUAAAGUCUUGGACACCGUACCUAAGCAUCUCAAGGCUUCCAGCGCGUCCAACAACCUGCAUGGCGAGGUAGUGCCAGACAACAAGAUGCCCUUCAAACGUUGCACCUCAGACUGCAUGGUGUCCACACCGCUCAGGUCCGCGCACGGUGCCCCGUCGUGA